UGUCACUGACUGUAGUCCAUUUCCUACUUCCUCACUCUGCUUUUCCUCAUCAGCUUCAUCCACUCUUUCGAUAAAAACCAAAAGGCACUAUGUCACACCAAACGGGAAUACAAGCUGGUGAGGACGUAAAGAACAUAUUUGCCAAUGCAAAAAGUGGAGACCAAUAUCGAGUCCUCAAGAUUGUGAUCGAGGAUGAGCAGUUAGCGCUGGGUGAAACCAGGCAAGCAUCAACGACAUGGGACCAUGGGUAUGACUCGUUGGUUCUGCCUCUGCUGGAGGAUGAUAUGCCAUGUUACAUCUUAUACCGCCUUGACUCCACCAACAACCAGGGCUACGAGUGGAUCUUCCUGGCCUGGUCUCCUGACCACGCUCCUGUGCGACCAAAAAUGUUAUAUGCUGCUACCAGGGCCACACUGAAGAAAGAGUUUGGUGGUGGACACAUCAAGGAUGAGAUCUUUGGCAACACAAGGGAUGAAGUGUGUCUGAAAGGCUAUCAGAAGUACCUGAUGUCCCAGGCGGCUCCUCUGCCCCUCACGGUCGCUGAGGAGGAACUGAGGAAGAUUAAACUAAAUCAGGUGCAGACAGACAUCAGCGUGGACACCAAGCAGCAGACACUGCAGGGGGUGGCCUUCCCCAUGCACGGAGAUGCUGUCGAGGCACUGGAACGAUUCAGGGACAAGAAAUUCAACUAUGUACAACUUGAAAUAGAUUUUGAAAAGGAGCUCAUUCGAUUGACCCACACUGACCCGACAGAGUUGAAAGACUUGCCGAAGCGCAUUCCCAAAGACACCGCCCGCUACCACUUCUUCCUGUAUAAACAUUCCCACGAGGGGGACUACCUGGAAUCUACAGUGUUCAUCUACUCCAUGCCUGGGUACAAGUGCAGCAUCAAGGAGAGGAUGCUGUACUCCAGUUGCAAGAACCCCCUAGUAGACAUGGUGGAGAACAAUCUUCAGGUGGAGAUUGAAAAGAAGCUGGAGAUAGAAAAUGGGGAGGAGCUGACUGGCGACUUCCUGUACGAAGAGGUCCAUCCCAAGCAGCAUGCCCACAAGCAGGCCUUCGCCAAGCCCAAGGGCCCCGCUGGGAAGAGGGGUGGACGCCGCAUAACCAGACAGACUGGAGACGGAGAGGAGGAUGACUGAAUACCGCCGCCUCCCCCCAAAACAUACACAUGUUCCACAGUGGAACAUACCAAGUGAUGGAGAGAUAUCUUAUUUGACACAACCUUCAGAAAUCUCCUUCAACCCACCACCACCACCACCACCACCCAGAGACUCUACUAUGCACAACUGAGCAGAGAAACACACUUGAGAACUUCCAUUUGUAAGCCUGUCAAAUGGAAGCUGUUGGAGUAUAUAUGUAUUAACUACAUUCACAAGUAUCUGACAGUCAUGGAGGCUAAAUUUGAGAAGGUCUGAGUUUUUACACCGUAGUUGCAGAUACACAAAAAAAGCUUCAGAAGUAUGUUAAUGUAAGUGCGACUAAUGUGAAUUUGUGCCAAACCCAUCCAUCAGUUCACAUGCUUGCAAUCUAUCCCUGCAUUCCUUGUGUCAGUGUCAAAUUAAGUGUUUCAUUGGGAAUUGAGACAGAUUGUCUCUGCACAGCUUUGAAGAGGUCCAAAUAGAAAAAAAAGAAAUUCCUUGUCAUUCAUAAUUUUAAUACUGUUUUUUUUUUAUAUAGGAAAUAAGUGACUUUUUUUUGUUUGUUAUGAAACUGUGGUUUACAUAAAACACAUCUGCUGAGAAACAACUUAUUUUUCUAUGCAAGUGCUGUAUGUCUGUGGUGCUCUGUAAUUAAAGGUCUCGUCUGUCUGUACUUA